GUAAAAUGGAGUGGGGACACAUUUUAUGGACGCGGUCAUGUGUUAAACGUUCGUUUAUUCUCCUAAAGUAGUUAAUAUUAUUCAAGCGGUAUCCGACCUCCUCCCCGGUAGCUACAGAAGCUAACUCAAAAUGCAACCUUCCCCACAGUGGGGUUAGACAAGUUAAAACAAACUGGUUUGCACUAGACCAUUCAACCAAAGGGGUUUCACUGCAGCAUACGACGAGCAAUAGCUGUACUGGUUGCCAUCUACUCGUCGCAUUUCUCCCAAGAGUAAUAAACUAGUCAUCAACCAGCCGACCAUGAUAAAGCUCCCUUUGUACCUCACCAACAACACCAGUUGAGGCAUGGACCUGACGAAUUACAGCAGGCAGCUCAUGCAGCAGCUGUGGGCCCUGAGGACGGAGGGCAAGUUCUGUGACUGUACCAUAUUAGUGGGCGACACGCCUCACACCGCGCACAAGCUGGUCCUGGGAGCCACCAGUAUGCUCUUCAGAUCUCUGCUGGAAGGCUCUGACACCAUCUCUAUCGACACGGCGGUGGUGUCGUCGCAGGAAUUCGCCUGCCUGCUUGACCUGGCUUACACGGGCAAACUGCCCACUGGAAAGCACAACGUCAGCCGCGUCAUCGCCUCGGCAGACAGCUUGCAGAUGUACGAUGUGGCCGUGCGCUGCAAGAACAUCCUCAGUAGGCUGGUCGGGGCCCAGCCCAGGCCUGCUGCAGCUGCUGCUGCUGUCACCACCACCCAGACAGAGGCUCAGACCCAGAACCAGGCUGAACCUCAGACCCAGACUGAACCUCAGAACCAGAACCUGGCUGAACCUCAGAACCAGAACCAGGCUGAACCUCAGACCCAGACUGAACCUCAGAACCAGAACCAGGCUGAACGUCAGAACCAGAACCUGGCUGAACCUCAGAACCAGAACCUGGCUGAACCUCAGAACCAGAACCAGGCUGAACCUCAGACCCGGAACCAGGCUGAACCUCAGACCCAGACUGAGCCUCAGACCCAGAACCAGGCUGAACCUCAGACCCAGACUGAGCCUCAGCAAGAGGUCCAGGCUGAACCUCAGACCCAGACUGAACCUCAGGUCCAGAUCCAGGCUGAGCCUCAGACCCAGGCCCAGGCUGAACCUCAGGUCCAGACUGAACCUCAGGUCCAGAUCCAGGCUGAGCCUCAGACCCAGGCCCAGGCUGAGGUCCAGGUCCAGGUCCAGGCCGAGAGGGGAAUGCCACCCGCAGCACACAGAGCAUCUCCAGCUGGAGACCAGGUGCAGGAGGAGGCUGUGAAAGCCAGGCUGGAGGGCAGAGAGGAAGUAGAGGAGUCUCCUGGCCAUAGGAGGCUUGCUGGGUCAAAGAGGCCGGGAAGUGUGGAAGCGCCAAGCCCUAAGAUCCCUCGUAUGGAAGUCCUGGGGUCCAACGACCGGGACGUCUGCGUGCCCCGGCCGCUCCUCCGUCAGCUGAAGGAGUCGUCAGAGGUGGUGCCUCCUCCCUGGACGGCCGGCGCUCUGCUGGAGCGCUCCGGGGAGCUGCUGGAGCUGCUGGGGGGUGUGGCCUCCCUCGCAGAGCUCCUCCCCCGGGCGGCGGCCAGCUGCCUGGAGGAUCAGGAGAGAGAGGUGGUGCUGGGGUGCUGCUCGGGGGGGGCCACGCCCACCGCCGCCGCCCUGCUGGUGGCCCGGCUGAGGGAGGGGCUGAUGAGCGAGGCCGGGACGCUGGCGCUGCUCGCCGCCCUUCAAGAGGAGUCUCCGGCCCCAUGGGGGGCCGGCCUGCUGGCCCUUCUGGAGGAGGUGGAGCCCGCCGCAGGGUCCACCACUGAAGACCAGGACCAGGAGGCAGGAAGCGAUAGCACCAACGAAGAGGUAGACAAAGAGGCAGACUAUGAAGAAGAGGAAGACGAGGACGGUAGCGUUAAGGAGGAGGUGAAGUGUGAGGCCGCCGCCUCAGGGCCGGACCCUGAUGGCCCCGCCCCGCCACAGCCCUACUCCUGCCGCUGGUGCAAGAAGGGGUUUGCCUUCAAGUGCCGGCUCCGGGCUCACCUCAAGUGCUGCGCCCUGUCGCAGGAGCCCAAGCACCAGUGCCCCCAGUGCCCCCAGCGGCUGCCCACCGUGCGGGCCCUGCAGCGCCACCGCGGAGAAGCCCACCCCAACGCCCCGCAGGCCAAGAAGAAGGUGGCCUGUGACCUGUGCGGCCGCACCUUCGCCCACCCCUCUGGCAUGAUCUACCACAAGCGCACGGAGCACUUUGAAGAGAAGCCUUUUGCGUGUGACGAGUGUGGGACCAAGUUUGCUGCCAACUCGUCCCUGAAGAACCACAUGCGGCUGCACACGGGCGAGAAGCCCUAUCACUGCAGGCACUGCGACAUGAGCUUCAGCGUGGCCGCCGCCCUGGCCUACCACACCAAGAAGAAGCACUCCGAGGGCAAGAUGUAUGCUUGCCAGUACUGCGAGGCCCUGUUCGCCCAGUCCAUCGAGCUGACCCGUCAUGUGCGCACACACACGGGUGACCGGCCCUAUGUGUGUCGCGAGUGUGGCAAAGGUUACAGCCAGGCGAGCGGGCUUACCGUCCACCUCCAGACCUACCACAACAUCCUGGAGCCCCACGACUGCCAGAAGUGCCGUCUGAGCUUCUCGUCAGUGGAGGAGCACAGGAAGCACCUCCAGGACAGCCACCCGCGUGAUUUCCACAAGUGCCCCGUCUGCCACAAGGUGUUCCACAGCGCCGCCCUGCUGGAGAAACACAAGGCCAUGCACUCCGGGAUGAAGCCCUACAGCUGCGACCUCUGCCAGAAGUCCUACCAGCAACUGUCGGGCCUGUGGUACCACAACAGGACCAACCACCCGGAGGUGUACGCCAGCCAGACCAGCAAGUCCCUCAAGUGCCUGGUUCAGUGCGACAUCUGCUUCAAGUUCUUCCCCAACGCCAGCAGCCUGAGCAGCCACCAGGCGCUGGAGCACGCUGCAGACUCUGAGGGGGCGGCGGCGGUGCGCUGUCCCUACUGCCCCGCCCUGCUUGGGGGCGAGGAGGGGCUCCAGGAGCACUGCACCAGCCAGCACUUCAGCCCCGGGGGCACGGCCUUCAGCUGCUCCCUGUGCCCGCUGCUCUGCCCCAGCCAGCAACAGCUGCAGGACCACUACCUGGCCUGCCACGUGGAGGCGCUGGUGGAGCAGGCAGGCCGAGGGGCCACCGUUGGAGGAGGAGGAGAGGAGGAGGUAGCAGAGGAAGAGGAGGAGGCCUUUAUCUCGGACAGCACGCAGGAGAUCCCGACAGAGCCUCUUCUGGACGGAGCGGAGUCGGUUCUCUCCCUGGACCCAUCGCAGCUGGCCGGCUCUCAGCAGGUGUUCGUGGCCCUGGGAGGCGGGGCCGUGGCAGAGCUGUCAGCAGACAUGGUGGCCGUCAACAUGGACGACCUGCUCAACGGCACUGUCACCUUCAUCUGUGAAGACAAACCGUGAGGUCGGCCACUCAGGACCCACCCCUUAAGAUUACUGCGCCUCCACCUCUCAGGACCCUGAGGGGUGCAGGGAUGACAGGUCAAAGGUGGGCUGGUGUGACCUAACACCCAAGUCGCAGCUCAGGGAUGGCAGCAAACAGGUCCCAGAAAUGGAAACCGCAUUCCGGGCCUAGACCAGAAUCUGUAUUUCUCUUUCUUACCAGAAACUGUGCUGUUAAUUUAAUUGGUGGCCAUUGAGGUUGAUACGUUUAGAUUGUUUCUACCAAAUUAAAAGGAAUUCAAGUUAAAAGAAUAACUCUGGGGAUACCAUGUUCAGCAAAGAAUGAAGAUAGGUCAUUUCUGUCCUGGAGAGAAUGCAUGUAAAAAGAGUAUAAAGUGGGUCAGAUCACAUUAUGCAAAUGACACAAUUGUGUGAUGUGGAUAUUGAACACCUGCUCUGCUGGUAACAUCAUCCGUCUGUACCAGACAAUGAACUGCAGUGAUCAACCACCCUGUGUCUGGGUGUCGGAGGAGCCCAGUGUCGCCCCCUAGAGGGCGUGGGGCAACAUAACCACCUGCAGGCCAAGGUCACCACCUCAGGUUCUGACCAAAAGGGUGGAAUGGGCCUCUACAGAAGAAUGGGUGUGAGCCAGGAAGAAAGCUGCUGUCUCCUUUAUUUCUCGACAUUUAUCAAAACCUCCAUAGCGAAAUACAAGCAAAUAAAAUUACUCGACCAAGCAUGACCAACACCACGAAACAUCUAGAAGAUUAUAUCUUGAGUGUCUGUGAAUCAUGCUGAAAAUGAUAAGAGAGUCCAACAAAAUAAAAUACUGUUCUUAAUAAUAUACUAUUUUUAGCAAUCUGGUUAAAAUAUGUUAAUUAGGAACAUUAGAAAUUACUUCUGUAAAGUCAUGCAGCUUAACAUCAGCUCAUUCACCUUGUGGAUGAGAGUGAUCCACCCUCUACUGUAAGGUUACAUACAAGUACCAUAAAGUGUACAGACCAUACCGGGUUGGGGCUAUUACUGGAAGAGUGCUACUGUAAGGUUACAUAAAAGUACCUAAAAGGUUACAGUUUAAACCGGAUAAGGCACCUGGUUAUAUAUGGUAAUAUACAAUUUACAUUGAAAGACCAAGAUGUGCACAAAAUUGGUUAAAAUUGCGAAGGUUUGAAGUUAGGGUGGAUUUAUAGCGCAGAUAACAUUAUCAUACUCAAUCGCUCCUAGAGGGAGAAUGAAACUUAGUAGCAACAACAAAAGGACAUCUUAACAAACUUUUUGUAGACCAAUCAAAUGUAUUAUUACUUGAUACAUUUCGGUGGAUAUGAUCUGUUUGCAUCAUGUCAUUAGGUCUGAACAAGUCUUGCUCAAGGAGAAGUCUCGCACUGAAACGUUGAUGCGGGACAUUCCCCUAAGACAAUCUCCUUCAACCAUUGGUCAGCCAGUCAGGGGCGAAAACAAGUAGGCUACUUUAGGAGGAAGUACGAUGGCGUUAGGCCAUUGCCCCAAAGAUAUCCAUUAAUUACGGCUGCAGCGUUCUCGCUAGUUUGUGACCAAUAAAAAAGAUUGGCUUGUAUUAGUCCCGUAGACACAACAUGGUGGGAAAAUAAAGUCCAGGUUUAAGAACCCUGAAGUUCUCCUUUAAGCCCAGAAGGUUGAAGCUUCAACCCAGGUUUGGUAUUGAUCAGUCAAUUAGGAUUUAAAGGAUUUCGACUUUAAAGGUUUUUCAAAAAAUGUAAGAUAGUGCUGUAAUCCAAUUGGAUGGUACGUGCAUUUGCAAGUCGUAAAUUCCAAAUCAGUGUUAUUGUUGGCUAGCCUCUUUAGCAAACCAGCUCAAAAACAAACAACACAACUUUACCCUGUAUUGCACGCACAGCAAAACCGUGCAAUGCAUAAAUGAGUGACCGGCAUGAGUUGAUUUAAAUGAUAUGCUAUUAUUUGCACUUAACAACUGUAGCGCAAAUUACAUUUUAUAGUGGAUUUGAUUUAUUUGUAAUCUGUAAAAAUAUUGCUUGCUCACUAAGUAGUAUAUACUGUAUAUCUACAGCAGCCAUGAUGUCGGAAUAUUAGCCUACCUGUGGGAGGGAGGGGUCCGAUUCAUGGGAGUCGCGGAAUUUGGCUAGCGCCAGAAUGGUGCUGCCACCAUGUGGUGAAACGAGAAAUUGCGACGGUGGCGGGCUGGCGGGCCAUUAAUAAUACAUUUUCGUAAGUGGGCCAUAUAAAAUAUAACCCCGUGCCGAGAUUGAACGGCGGGCCGGACUUUGCACAUGCCUGCUGUAGGCUGAGGUUAUGCUCAGUGGUGACCAGUUGGAAGAGCCAGCAACUACAGAAGCUGUAGGAAGUUCAGAUAAAGAUAAAAGAGCUUUGGCAAACGAAACUCCCAUUAAGUGACUUCCAAAAAGAGAAACUAAGUUGCCCAGUUAUCUUCCAGUUAAACUAAGAAAAAGAGACUCAUUAAUAAGGUGGUCUAAAUAUUGACACCUAAUAAAAAUAAAUAAAAUAUCUUCUUGAAUCUGCUUAAGGAGGGAGGGAUGUGAUAACGUGCGAAGUGUAAGUAAAACGUUAAACAGUUGGUCCACUUGGUGGCAGCACCCCUCUUGUUACGGUUGAGUUCACCUAUAGACAAGCACAGAACAAGUUCAGUUAGUGAUGUGCCGAUGGAUUUCAUGAUUAUUUAACUUGAUUCAGUUCGCGUCUGUGAGUUCGCCAAGAAGAAUCGUUCAGAAUCGUUCUUUCGUUCGUUCAGCCGCGUUUUCGGUAGCGGUGAAUCGAAUCAUGGAAUGCACGGUUCUCAGCUGAAUCAGUCAGACAGAUUGAUGACGAGACAAUCAAAUAUCUUAGUAAUCUGGCAUGACACAGAAAAUACAAAGACAGCAUGCAAUUACCAUUUCACUGAUAUUUAAUCGUAUCAUCGCACUCGCGCUCACUAAGUCUCUUCCUUCUUCCCCACUCAAAGUCUGUUAACGAACAGCGAGUCAGCGAGUCAGCAAUUAGUGGGUCUGGGAGGAGUCGAGUCUGAGAACGAACGAGAGAAGAAUCAGGUCGGUUUGCUCGUUAAAGAUUUGUUCAUUCGAACUGAUUUGGUCGCAAACGACCCGUCACUAGUGCCCCUGUCUGGAUUUUUUUAAGUCAUGCUUCACACUGUUCGCCCAGAACAAAAUAAAGCUCCUUCAAUGUGAAAUAAGAAGCCUCCCGUGUCACUACAGGGAGGGGGGGCUUUGAGGGGGCGCAGCCUUUUUCAGGCGGAGCUUAGGCACCUCUAGCCCCCCUCUACCACCGCUGCUCCCAGGUAUGGCUCACCUACAAAUCACUAAACAGUUUAGGGUCCAAGUAUAACACUGUAUAUUAGCGUUCACUAUGUGAACCCUUCUUUCGACCUUUAAGUUUAACUGGGGCCAGUCAGCUCAUUGUUCCCAGAGUGAAACAAAACCUGGAAGAGAAGGAUUAAGCUCCUAUGCAACACAGGGCUGCAAUAACUUCAUGAAGGUCUGAGACUUGGUCCAACCCUGACUACAGGGACAGAUGUAACAGGGAGGUCAUAACGCACAGAUCGAUUGUGUUAAUCUGCAAAUAAUGUCUUAACAAUAACCCGUAAAUUGUGUUAUUUGUACAGAAGUAUCAAAAAGUAAAUUCAUAGCCAAAGUAAACAGAUCCUCAAGUUAUAGCAUUUAGAUCAAUUCACGGCAUGCAUUCUACACUUCUACACUGUAUGCCCCUGCAGCUCAUGCAUGGUACUGCAGUCUUUUUUCCUGUCUCCCUUUCUAGAACAGCUUAUAUCUGAUCGACCUGUAGGGAACGUUUGGCUGGUUGCACCUGUGCCCACUCCGUCACCCUGCCCACUUUAAUGAGAUGUUUCACAGCUCUACUAUAAAUCCUUUACCAAAGGUGGGAACACCCAGCAACCAAGUAACUUGGAACACCUAAUAAACACUUAUUGCUAGUGAUCACACUCUGCGCCAACUAUGAGGAUGGGAAGUGACCCGAUAUUUGGUGCAACAACAAAAUAAGGGAAAACAGCAGAAUAACAUUCAAAAAGCGUUUAUUUCAUAGGUAGAAUAAAAAGGGCUCAGCAGUUCUACACAAGGCAGACCACUCAUUAACCCGUCUUGAAUAAAUAAAUCCUUCUGUAAAUCCUUCUGACCUGAAGGGUUUGUCCUGAUAAGCAUAUAUUAAGAAAGGUUUUAUACACUAAUUGGUCUUCCAAAUCAUCUGAUCCCAUCAAUUCAGUCUUCCAUUGUUGGGGAACUUCAAAUUCUCCUUCACUUGAUGUCAUAACACUGGACGAGGCUUUUCCACCAGACAUCAACUUCUUUAGAAGUUUGCCAUUUUAAAUGCAAAUCAAGGUUUGAAUUAAUAUGUCACGGAUUGAUUAACUAUUCGAUUAAUUAUAAAAGCUAGUAAAACCAAAAGGAAGAUUAACCACCUCUCCAUUGAACAAAAUCAUGUACAGCAGGGCAAACAAACUAGUGUUAUGAGGUAGAGAGCAAAAAUAAUAAUACAAUUUAUGCUGGCUAGGAUCAAUCAUAAU